AUGUAGGUCACGUAGCUGAUCGAUAAAACAGCUCUCUGGAAUAUUGUAUACGUUGACAGAUGACAUGUUUUUCACAUUUUGUAAACAGAGAUUGAUUUUGGAAAAUUGGGAUAAUAGGGCUUAAAGACUCUCUGCAAUAAUGGAUGACACGAAAUUAGAGAUGUUUGACGAUGUUGGAGGGCUUGUUGAGGGGGAAAUGUCCUUUCCAAGCAAUAAAAAUACACAAAAUAUAGGAAAAAAACCCGACUUUAAUACGUUGGAUGAACCCAUCCGCGAGACGAUAUUGCGCGACUUGAAGGCUGUAGGAAUUAAAUUCGCACACGUUUUACUUCCUAGAGAGAAAAAGGCUUUACUCAAAGAUUGGGAUUUGUGGGGACCUCUAAUGUUGUGCACAUUCAUGGCCAUGGUUUUGCAGGGAUCAGACACAGCUGAUAAUUCAAAUGAUGGUGGGCCUGAAUUUGCCCAAGUAUUUGUUAUAGUUUGGGUAGGCUCAAUGGUUGUCACAUUAAAUUCUAAAUUAUUAGGCGGCAAUAUAUCAUUUUUCCAAAGUAUAUGUGUCCUAGGCUAUUGUUUGCUGCCCACAACCAUAGCUUUAAUUGUUUGCAGAGUGAUCCUUCUAGUGGAACAGACAAAUUUGUUAUUUUUUCUAAGAUUUACAGUCUCAAUGGUUGGGUUUGUUUGGGCCACCUAUGCCUCUGUGGUAUUUCUGGGAGAUAGUCAAAAACCCGGCAGAAAAGUAUUAGCAGUUUAUCCAAUUUUUCUUUUUUAUUUCAUUAUUUCGUGGCUUGUGAUUUCACAUACAAACACAUAAGGCAUUGUGACUUGACUGUAUAUAAUUUAUUUAUUACAUAAGUUAAAAUAUUUGUCCUAAAAUUCCAUUAAUGUAUAUCUUGUACAAAAAUAAAAAUAACGGAAAAAAUGU